UGGGAAGUGUGUUCUGUCGAGUAGACGAUCUCCGCGGAUGUAAGCCCCUCCCCCUCUGCAGUGACUAGCUGUCCUAAAAGUCUCCAUCUGCUGUCCUCGUCGAGACCUCGUCCCGCAAGUCUAGCGUGUGCAACACUUCCAGCCCGCCAACAUGGGAAAUGAGGCCAGCUACGCCCUGGACAUGUGCUCACACUUUGACGCUGAUGAGAUCAAGCGUCUGGGCAAGAGGUUUAAGAAACUGGACCUGGACAACUCGGGCUCUCUGAGUGUGGAGGAGUUCAUGUCUCUGCCAGAACUGCAGCAGAACCCUCUGGUCCAACGCGUCAUCGACAUCUUUGACACUGACGGCAACGGCGAGGUGGACUUUAAAGAGUUCAUUGAAGGCGUCUCCCAGUUCAGCGUGAAAGGAGACAAGGAACAAAAGUUACGAUUCGCCUUCAGGAUCUACGACAUGGACAAAGAUGGCUACAUCUCCAACGGUGAGCUGUUCCAGGUGCUGAAGAUGAUGGUGGGCAACAACCUGAAGGACACGCAGCUGCAGCAGAUCGUGGACAAGACCAUCAUCAACGCCGACAAGGACGGCGACGGCAGGAUAUCCUUCGAGGAGUUCUGCGCGGUGGUGGGCGGCCUGGACAUUCACAAAAAGAUGGUGGUGGACGUGUGACGGCCUUCCUCGCCCGGUCCAGUGAGGAGCCCCUCCCCUGACUCCGCCCCCUCACAAAGCCAAACUUUGACAGCCAACAGGACGUCGGACGGCGUUUGUGGCGUGUGUGUGUGUGUGUUUUGUAUUUAUUUGGAGGUGUGUGUGCCAACAGGAAGUGUGUGUGUGUGCGUGCGUGCGUGUGUGUGAAGCUAAUCAACACUUAAACUGGCAUGUGUUCCUUCUGUGUGUGUGUGUGUGUGUGUGUGUGUGUGUGUGUGUGUGUGUGUGUGUGUGUGUGUGUGUGUGUGUGUGUGUGCGCGUGUGCGCGCGCACGCGCACGUGGGCUGACAAGUUCUAGUGGUGUACAAAAAGCUGAUUUUUUUUUUUUCUCUCCUGCUGAGGUUUUCUACUCGUCGCCGUGCAGCCGAAGUGCUCUGCCUGCUGCUCGCAUGUCGCCCCCCGGGUGUGCAACCUUCUCCACCUUUCAGGUUUACAAGCUCACUUUUCUUCUGCCCACUCACAGCCGCCUCGGUCACCAACCGGAAGAGGGAUUUCACAAUAAAAGUCUUACUUUAGAUCCACGUGAAGUGCUCUUUCGGCGCGUGGGUGGGCGGGUGUGAAAGAAGCUCGCUGCACGUUGGCAUGAUGUUUGCAUGUGUGUUUGCACGUGUGUGCGCUUUUGGGGCCGGGAGGAGGAGGAGGCGGGGCCGUCGCACCGCCACGCGAGCGCUGUGUUUACAUGUGAAUAAUAAUAAUAUUAAUAUUAACGCUGGCGAUGAAUAUGAACAUUUCAAACGCACCGUGUUGCCAAUGAAAAGUUGAUGUGGUGAAACUCGUCUUCUUUGGCUCUUUUUGUACGUUUGUCAGGAAGUCUUGUAAAGUUUGGAGGCCGCAUGGACACUCCUUACUGCCUCACUUCAUGGAACAAUAAACUCCUCAAACUGUC